AUGGAAACUCUUGCAGUGGGCAUCAUCGGCAUGGGCGACAUGGGCCGCAUAGUCAACGCUUGUGAUCGACCAGACAAGUUCCAGUCACUCCAGACGGAGUAUGAGAAUGAGAAAGCAAUAAAUAUAUUACCCAAUGGUCAUCUCGUUUCCCGGGCUAGCGACUGGAUCAUAUACAGUGUCGAGGCCGAGCUCAUAGAAAGGGUUGUUGCCGAAUAUGGCCCUUCCACAAAAGUGGGUGCCAUAGUCGGUGGGCAAACUUCCUGUAAAGCCCCAGAGCUCGCUGCCUUUGACAAAUAUCUGCCUAGUGAUGUCGAGAUCGUUUCCUGCCACUCUCUCCAUGGCCCUGCUGUAGACCCAACCGGUCAACCCCUUGUUGUCAUCCAGCACCGUGCAUCACAGAAGAGUGUUGAUACCUGUGUCCGGAUACUCUCCUGUCUCAAUUCCAAAAUGGUUUUUCUUUCUGGGGAAAUGCACGACCGCAUCACCGCCGAUACACAAGCAGUCACGCAUGCAGCUUUCUUGAGCAUGGGAACCGCAUGGGCGGCAAACAAGCAAUUUCCAUGGGAGAUCGACCGGUACGUGGGCGGCAUCGAGAAUGUCAAGAUCAACAUCACACUGCGCAUCUACGCCAAUAAAUGGCACGUCUACGCCGGCCUGGCGAUUUUGAAUCCCGCGGCCCGAGAGCAGAUUCGACAGUAUGCCCAGUCGGUGACUGAACUAUACAAGCUCAUGCUAGGUGGCCAUCGUGAGGAGUUUACCCGGAGGGUCAAGACCGCUGGCGCGGCGGUGUUCUCGAGUGAAACAUUGAACCACAACCUUCUCCUUGGAGAUGAAGUCCUGGACAAAUUCUCCCUGUCGAAGCGACCUAAAGAGCGAACCCCGAACAACCAUCUCAGCCUCCUCGGGAUUGUGGAUUGUUGGUGGAAGCUAGGAAUCGUGCCAUACGACCACAUGAUCUGCUCCACGCCGCUUUUCCGGAUAUGGCUUGGAGUGACCGAGUAUCUCUUCCGCAAUGAGACUUUGCUGGACGAAGUCAUCAACACAGCCAUCGAAAACAAUACUUUCCGUUCUGACGAUUUAGAGUUCACCUUUGCGGCCAGAGCAUGGUCCGAAUGCGUCUCCUUUGGAAACUUUGAGGCAUAUCGCGACCGGUUCGAAAACAUUCAACAAUACUUCGCGCCGAGAUUCCCGGAAGCUGUGAGACUCGGCAAUGAGAUGAUCAAAGAAAUCAUGAUGCACACUAAGUCGUGA